UCUCUCUCUCUCUCUCUGAUCUCUUAAAUCUCCAUAAAAAUUUCAAAUUAAUCCAAGUGGACAUAAAAGGGGAAAUUGAAAUUGAAACUUUCCUUCCUUUUCCUUCUCUUUCUCUCUUGUUUAUAUAUCUUACCAUCUCUUGUGCAUGAUUCUUGAUCUUAACCUCAACACAAUCCUCAAGAAACCAACCAAAAAGAACUCACCCUUCAAAUUAAUUAUGCCUGCUGCAGCUUCCCUGCAACUCCAAAGAACCACAGCUUUGCCUUGCCACAAGCAGCCUCAAACCACCAUCAACUCUUGGCGGGUUCCUACUUCUUCGGUUCCUGACUACGUUUCUUGCUUCCAUUCUCGUACCAUGGGACCAAACCAGUGUUGCUCCGCCGUCGUCAAGACAAUCAAUGCACCUGUCUCCACUGUCUGGUCGGUGGUUCGCCGUUUUGAUAACCCUCAAGCUUAUAAACACUUUGUUAAGAGCUGCCAUCUUAUCAACGGAGAUGGAGAUGUAGGAACUCUCCGACAGGUUCAUGUGGUGUCUGGACUUCCUGCUGAGUCGAGCACUGAAAGACUUGAAAUUCUUGAUGAUGAACGUCAUGUCUUGAGCUUUAGCGUGAUCGGCGGAAACCACCGGCUAAAUAAUUACCGGUCGGUGACCACCCUCCACUCUUCUUCAGGCGGAAAUGGUACGGUUGUUAUAGAAUCGUACGUUGUUGAUAUUCCUACAGGAAAUACUAAGGAAGAUACAUGUGUUUUUGUCGAUACAAUUGUAAGAUGCAACUUGGAAUCUUUGGCUCAGAUUGCUGAGAACAUGGCCAAGAAUACUCAAUCAUCAUCAUCAUCAUCUUGAUUUUUUCAUAAUUAUUUUUGUUUUUGAUUCGGGUUUGGAUCUGAUCAUGGAUCAUGGAUUGCCAAUCCCGAAUUAUGAAAUUGGCUCUUGAAGGUGUUUAUAAUAUAUAUUUUUAAUCUUGUCAACUUUGUUAAUUUUCCUUCAACAUUGUUUCCAAAUUAGCAUACAAUUUUAGUUUAUAUUUUAUGUUUUAUUUAUGCUCCA